AGACGGAUCGCGAACCAAGCUGAAACGAAGGCAACCAAGCUGUGUGCACAAAGUCCGUUCAUGGCUGAUUCACUCCAGUUUUUUGGCGCUAUUUUUGUGCACUCCGCACUCCGCAGUCGAAGCUUUAGUUAAUCUUGAAUCAGUAUCCUUAACAGACAUAAGUAGACUACAAGCGUCACAUUAAUGUUGAUAAUCUUCUAUGAUGUGAUCAUUCAGUUUUACAUUUGAGAAGUACUUGGGUAGAGUACUGUUCCAAGUCUUCAGUUCGCAUAUGGACAAAUGAACUAUGGGGGGUGCGCUAGCUGUAGACAUUUAUAAUUUAUUUAUUUAUUUUUAAAGAGGAAAUUAAAAUUUAAUUAAAAACAAUGUACUCAAACGUUUUGUAGUUAAGGGUCUUAAGCAUCUGAUGGCUUUCAUUUGUGGUUGAAUGGUUUUUUCUGAUGCAAACCAAACUAUUGGCAUAUUUCCUCUUAACUUCUCCUUUUUCCUUUCUCAUUUGUCUCAAAGGUUUAUUUAAUCAAUUUGUGUUCCAUUCUCGGUUUCUCUGGCCCUAAACUCCAUUUUGCUAAAAUAUUCUUUCCUCCUUUGUAAAACCUUUUAGCAAACCCAAAUUUACCCAAAACCAGACAUGAAGCUGCUUGAAUUUGUUUUUUUCUUUCCACAUUUUUUUUUCAUCGUUAAAUUUUUCUGCAAUUUCUACUGAUAAUAAAUGAGCAUUUGCUUGGAAUAUAGAACCACUGGCUGCCACGCAAUUCAUAUUGCUGGUGGAUUGAGUAUGCAUUAUGGCAGGCAAGUAAAUAUUUAAUCUUUAUAUUAACCCUUGUAUCCAUAGCCCUAGUCAGGGAAGGUUAGAAUGUAUCCUUCUUUUACUUUACUUUCUUUGUCAUCUUUGAAAAAGGUCCAUAUCAUCGUUGAAGUGCUCUAAUGUGUAAUGAGUGAAACAUGGUAAUUUUAUUCUUGAUUGAAAUUGAUGUGGUCUUGUUUGUAGAUUUUCUGGUGUCAGUGUAUACUGUAGAGCAUGAGAAAUACAUGAAUGCUCAUGCCUCAAAAUGUUGAUUUCCAUGUUUCUGCUGGAAAUAGAACUUACUCAAAGCAAAAUUUAGGGUAAUGGACAUAUGGUUGAGACUACUGUAAAGGACAGUCCUGUAGUUGGGUGCACCAAUCGUGGAAUUUUUGAUGUAGACCUUCUAACUGAUGAAAUUGUUUCUGAACAACUAACAAGGAACAUCCAGUUCUUUGGCCUUAGCUCACAGAAGAAUGUGACUGCAUCUUAUGUUGUGGUAAUUGGUCUUGGUGGUGUUGGGAGUCAUGCUGCCAUGAUGCUUCUUCGAUCAGGGGUUGGCAGGCUUCUCCUUGUUGAUUUUGACCAGGUGUCACUUUCUUCUCUAAAUCGACAUGCCGUUGCAACAAGAGCAGAUGUAGGUGUCCCAAAAGCUCAGUGCCUGAAGGAGCACUUUCUGUCCAUCUUUCCAGAGUGUCAAGUAGAAGCAAAAGUGCUAUUAUAUGAUGCAGCAUCUGAAGAAGAAAUUCUUUCUGGGAAACCUGAUUUUGUUCUGGACUGCAUUGACAAUAUUGAUACAAAGGUAUCACUUCUUGCUGCAUGUGUACGUAGGGGAUUGAAAGUAUUAUCAGCAACAGGAGCCGGAGCUCGAGCUGACCCAACAAGAAUUCGUGUGGCUGAUUUAAGAGAGUCAACAAAUGACCCAUUAUCUCGAGCUGUGAGGCACCGUUUGCGGAAAGGUUAUGGCAUUGAAGGGGGCAUUCCUGUUGUAUUUUCUUUAGAAAAACCCAAAGCAAAGCUGCUUCCAUUCCAAGGACCAAGUGGAGAAGCAGAAAAUCCUUCAGAUUAUCAGAUAGUUCCUGGGUUCAGAGUUCGUAUCAUACCUGUUCUAGGUACCAUUCCUGCAAUUUUUGGACAGGUAAUGGCCUCGUAUGUUGUGACACAACUAGCAGGGCUUCAAGUGGAAACAGAGCCUGUCGUUAAUUUGGACACUGAUCAUUAUAGGUUGCUUCAUCAGCGACUCAUUGAGCAUGAAGAAUCAUUGUAUGGCACUGCCAUGCAAGUCCAGGUAGAUGUUGAAGAAGUGAUGUUUGUUGCAAAAGAGCUCUGGCAUGGAAGAAGCGCAAGAGACCAGUCUGCAAAAGAUGUUGGACGAGGAAUGUGGCGAGCUAUUAAUGAAUUAAUGCUUGUGAGGUGGGACCGAGCAAAACCAGCAUCCGUGGCUAACUUAAUUCUUUUGAAAUUUAAAGAGGCUGAUGAACAUGAGUCAUCAACCUUAGAUGACAUAAAGGAAAAAGAACCUGAAUUCUUUAGGAAGGUAAAUGCUAUUUUGAAGCGAGCUGAGAUGGAAUUUUCUUUGUGAGAAGAUAAAACAUUUUUUGUUUGGAAUAGAUAUAAGGAUUUGUUGAGUUCAUCCUUAAUAUUUUAAUUUUUAUAGUCCAAUAUGGGAGGUUACUAGGUUAGAAGCAGGUUUACAGUUAACUAAAAUUUUGGUUCGGUUGGUUAUUUUUGAGAUUAUGAAAUCUAGUUUUCUACUAUAUGUUCAUGGUUUUUUUCGUAGUUGGGGAUAAUUAAAGUUGACUUGGGAAUAAAAUUAUGGUUAAGGAAUAC